AUGGACAUCGAUCCGCCCUCUAUCCCAGGCGCCGCCGAGACCGACUCCCCCAUGCAGACCGUCACCCACUCCACCCUCCAGAGCUCCAAUCCCACCUACGAGGAGCGGCCCAAGACGUCAUACUCCGACACGGGCUUCUCGCGGUCAUACCAAUCCGAAGGCAACACGCCCGACCCUCUCCAGAACGGCAAUGGCCUGAGUCGGCCUCCUUCAACCCAGAGUCAGGGACAGUAUGACCAGAAUGCACAGCGGCAGCAGGCGCAGAAGAACGCGUCGGUCGUCAUAAAGGUGGGCAUGGUGGGGGAUGCGCAGAUUGGCAAGACGAGCUUGAUGGUCAAAUAUGUCGAGGGCAGCUGGGACGAGGACUACAUUCAGACGCUGGGUAAGUACGGUCACUGCGAGAGAAUGGAGAAGGAUAGCGCUCAUUGCACUCACAGGCGUCAACUUCAUGGAGAAGACCAUCAGCAUCCGGAACACCGAAAUCACCUUCUCCAUCUGGGAUCUGGGCGGUCAGCGCGAAUUCGUCAACAUGCUGCCACUCGUCUGCAACGACGCCGUUGCAAUCCUCUUCAUGUUCGACCUGACCCGCAAGUCAACAUUGAACAGCAUCAAGGAGUGGUAUCGCCAAGGCCGGGGCUUCAACAAGACCGCUAUCCCAUUCUUAGUGGGCACCAAGUACGACCACUUCGUCAACUUCCCGCGAGAAGAGCAGGAAGAGAUCUCACUACAAGCUAAGCGCUUCGCCAAAGCUAUGAAAGCUAGCCUGAUCUUUUCCAGCACCAGUCACAGCAUCAACGUGCAGAAGGUUUGUCCUCGGUCGGCGUGGGAGUGCAUAUACAACCGGGAUCUGACACCGCUUCUUCUACAGAUAUUCAAGAUCGUGCUAUCCAAGGCCUUCGACCUGCGAUGCACCAUCCCCGAGAUCGAGAACGUCGGCGAGCCCCUUCUGCUGUACCAAGCCGCAUAG